GUGGCCGUAGAGCUGCGGCGAUCUUGACACUAAGGACACAAGAGAUGAAGACGCGGAAGAGAGAACUGCUUCCUACUCACUUCCGUGUUCGUUUGGCGGCUUUCUCUCAAACGUCGGACUGGCUUUUACUUUACAGGUCACGAAGGUGCUUCUCACUGGCUGAUAGCUUUCAGAAAGGCAGAGGAACACAAAAGCAUGACUUUGUGCAGAAGACAAAAGGAGAGUUGUGAUAAAGAAAAGAGCUGCCAUGGAUGUUAUACUUUAGACAGAGACUUCCUGCUGCAACUUCAUGAGGUUGGUGAACCGUCUGAACUUUGCACUGUCAACAUCAGUGAGCAGAAGCUGGAUGCUGUCAAGCCAGAAGACCUCAAGGCAUUUGACAACGUCGCCUACGUGGAUGCAUCCAUUAACUCCCUCUCUUUAGACUCUUUUGGCAGUUUUGUUUCUUUAAAAGAACUCAAUCUGGCUGUGAACGGCCUUUGCAAUGUCGCCUUUGAUGCAAUAGACUUUCCUCAUCUUCAGGUUUUGGAUUUGUCCUAUAACUGUUUGUCAGCUGAUGAUGUCGUCUCCUUCAGCCGCCUUCCUCUACUGAAAGUUCUUCAUCUGACCGGAAAUGAGCUUUGUUUGUUUCCGCCUCAUCUUGGAUCACAGUAUCAAGACCCUCUCUCAUCUUUGCACACUGAAGAUCCUUUUAACGCCCUGGAGGUCCUGAUGCUCGAUGAUAACAAAUUGUCCUCGGAGGUCUUUGGCAGCCUCUCAGCCCUCAAGAGACUGAAGCACUUAAACCUACAAGGUAACCGCAUCACAAAAAUACCAUAUUUGAAUGUGAUGACCGGCUGCUCCAGACCCGUGCAGACCCCCCUUGAAAAAGAAGGACGUGCCCUUGAUGAGCAGAGGAGUUUUAGCACCAUGUCACAGGAGAGUGACUUCCUCAGAGCGUUACUGUCACCUCUACCAGAGCUCCAGUUCCUUGAUUUAUCUCACAACAAGAUUGCAGAGGAAGAGGCGCUGCUGCCUGCAUCCGUUUUCUCAAAGCUUCGAGAAAUCGACAUUCGCUCCAACGCUUUGACCACAAAGAAAAGCGGAAACCUCCCACUGCUGACAUAUUACCUCCAGGAGAAGAUGGGAAUAACAGUGACAUGUAAAGAUGUCAAGCAUGGACUCCAGAUGUCUGCUUCUACUCACCAAAAGGUUUUUGAUGGGUUUGUGGUGGCGGAGGUGUUACACAAGCCUUUGUUGCUGCAUGAGCGUCGCCCUGCUCGAAUCCAGUUUGAGAAGGAGAAGUUGGCAGUGGGGUCAAAGAGUAACUUCAACACAGAUGAACACGUCUUUGUCACAAAGGCAAACAUAUUCCCUGAAGACGACCAAACGUCCAUGAGACUCAAAGACAACGCCGCGCCUGAAGGGUUCUCUCCCAGCAGAAAGAAGAAGAUGGGCACAAAAUCAGAUCCUGAUGUGGUGCGGCCAGUCGGAAUCCAAACAGCUGUUCAAAUGCUGGAGCGCACACUGAAGAAUCUUAAUAUUUACAGACUCUCCAAACCAAAACUCGAUAGCAUCCAGACGCCGUACAGACCAAGACUCAAACAGAUUAAGGAACCACCACCUUUGAGACCAAGACAGAGUGAACUACUUGAUGAGAUAAUCAAGGACUUAAGGUGCCGUAAUACUGGAACUGGUUUGAGGAAGAGAGAACACAAGGAGGCACUCAAGCUGCUGAGGGAUUUGGAGACACAACACAAGCUCCUGCACAGGAAAGCAAUGUAACAAGGAAGGAGCCAAGAGUGAAUAGGUAAAGUGCUGCUGAAUAUGUAUGAUAAUCUGGAAAUAUCAUUAAUAUUAGGCAUUAUUUUUUCUUUAGACCAGUGGUUAAAUGAUUUAUGAAAUGAUUCAAAUAAUAGGUGACUACUGUAAAUCGAAAAAGUCCAAGUUGUUUAGCAGUAACUUAAACUGAUGAUGUCACUAUGACAUCACCACGGAUCCUCAGACAGUUUACGCAGUCCAUAAACUGACCUGGAUUUUCCUGCCGGUGAUUAUCAGUGACAAAUUGCAAAUCCACCACAGAGUUCCAUCUGGUCCACAGCACUCUGAACUUAGUGAUCCCGCGACGUGAAAAUGAUCUACUAAUAUAAGCAAAGCUCGAAAAGACAAAUUACACAAUCUGCAUAUCUUUUAUUAAGUCCAUAUGGCCUCUGGAAGUCUUUCCAGAUGAUUCACAAUUACUGAAGCUAAACCAAAUGUUGGGAAUGGUGCAUUAUUUUGUGUUUGUUUAAUGUUGAAUUGAGUAUAUUGAUGACUACACAAAAAUAAGGGCCAAUAAAAAUAGUUCUAACAGUGGUUAAUAAA